GACCGAGACUGCCAGUGGGGUCCCAGUCACUUUUUCUUUUUUUUUUUUUUAAUUCUUUUUAAACUUUUGAUUAUCUACAAAAGAUUCUAAAUGCAGUAUAGUAAACGUCACCGAAGAUCCGCGAACAAGGAAGGACCAUCGACGCAGUGAAGUACAGCACACGUCGCCUUUUAUCAGAUGACAUUUCGACACUUUUGACCAACGAACAUGUCCGAGCCGGAGAUAACGCUGACAAGUGGUUGGGCAUCGGAAACUCUCCAUCGGAGGCUGCAGAACCUGAGCGAAGCGAUCCAACGGCAGCUGCAGGAGGCGGAGAGGAGGCACAGAGAGCAGUUGGAGAGCCGGAUUCAACACAACACACUGCUCUCAGCAGAUCUAAACCGACUGUCUCCGCAGACUAAGCUGGUGGAGUCAUCUUCUGCAGCCUUGAAAUCUUCACCAGAGUGCAACCAUCUCUCCAGUCCACCUCCCACCCGGACGCAGCACUGCCAACGAGGGGCUUCAAGCAAAACAACGCAGCAGAUGAAAGAGGAGGAGGCCGAGGCGGAGUGCAGGAAAAAGUUCAGCGCACUUCCUGUCCCCGUUCAAGUCAGCCGUCCUCUCUACCGGGAGAUGAUGGAGCACAGGGACAAGGAAAGGAAGCGAGGGUUAGAGCAAAGGAAAACGUUUCUGCUUUCUCUUCAGAAACCUUUCAACUUCCAUCAGAAAGAAGAUAAGAGACAGGACAAGGUGGAUGAACUGUUGAAACGAGUUUCACUGGAGGCAAAAAAGACGGCUGCAAAUAAUGUUCAAAAGUCCUCUUCCAAACAAGUUAAAGCGCCAACAGACAACUGCAGGAAAAUCCACGUCAGCGUCACACAAGAGGAGAAACACGAAAAGCCUAAAGUCCGCAUUGCAGAGCGCACCAGAAUGGAAAAGCUGGGAUUCCUGUAUGAGAAGCCGAGCUUCCGGCCCAAGAUCAACCGCCAGGUGCCCGAUUUCAGCCAUCUGCACAAAACUCUGCAUACAGACGCUCGGCGAGCAUCACUAACUCAAGAGACGACCAAGUGUCAACCCUUCUACCUGAGAACAUCUGCUCUUCCUGCCAGGGAAAGUAAGCCCACUCCCGAAAAGUCACAGAUAUCCAGUCAAAGUAAUCUGGCUCGAAGUAAAUCAUGCAGUGCCUUAAAGUCGCUGUCUGCAGACACGCUCCCAAUUUACAUCACAGACGCGACAAGGAAACGCUGCAUGGCCAUCAGGACCACCAUGGAGAUCAGGGAUGGGAAGAAUAAGGAGAGUGCAGACUGGUCGAGGAAAUACCAUAGCAAGUCGGAGGCCAUGAAGAAGAUGGUUUCCCACCAUGCCAAGUUGUUGGACCCUCACAAAAGCUUGAAGAGGUCUAUGAUGAAAGACUGCAGCACCAUCAGGAGACGGAUCGACAGAGGACGAGAGAUUACAUGAGGGACCUCCAGGACAUGAAGGCUCGCGUUAAAGAGCGUCCGCUUUUGUUCGAACAGGUGAAACAGAGAAAUGCCAAAGCUCGAGCAGAACAAGCAUACAAGAACGAGCUGCAUAAAGCUGGUGUCAAAGAGCAGUUUGUGGAAGAAAAGGGAGGCGCAGUGGCAUGGACAUCCAUUUCAGCAAGAUCUAAGACUGACACGAG